AUGGCGUGUCACACUGGAGCCGAAUUGCAUGCGAGCAACGCAAACCCGGCUACCAAGGGCCAGAUUCUCGCCUCUCUACCAUCUGACGACGUUGUCGAUACGCUCGUCAACCAUUAUCUCGACUCAUUCGGUGCCACGCAUUGCCUUUUCCACCCGGCACAGCUGCGGUACGAAGUCCAGCAGUUUUACGAUGCGCGCUCCGAGGUGUCCGACGAAUGGCUUGCCCAGCUUUGCAUGAUUCUCGCACUCGGUGCCGAAUCCUUGCCUGACUCUCUCUUCAGUGGCUCGGGCCAGUCUUCCACAGAAUGGUCAAACAUCUUUCUUAACGCAGCCCAGGCCUCGUUUGGCCGCUCGUCCUAUAUGGUGGCGCCAACCCUCUGUACCGUUCGCACGCUCUGCAUGAUGCUUCUGGCCAAGUUGGUCGAAGCACAGGCCAGUGGUGGCAGCACCAGUGGAAACAAUGGAGACAUCGGGCGCGACAGUGCUACCACAGAAAGUAGCGACGGCAUACCGUCUUUCACCAACGGCUACUCGCCUCUUCCAGAUCUCUGCUUCUACACCGCUCAACGAAGGCUGGAAUACAAGCGUUUCGCAGGUCAGAUCACCCAGACGCGAGCAAGCAUACAGCAGCAGACAGCGUCGAAACAGAAAUGA